UGCCGGGACGUGAGUAAAUUGGGAGGGGUUAUUUGCGACUUCGGGGUAAUCUUGAACUCGAGGUUUAGGCGGCCACUGUUGAUGUGUUCUACGAGUGCUGUAUCCCAUUCAUUGGUCAAGAUGCACGUCAAUCAGAGUGUCGAGGGCCCUGCAUUGACACACAUCUACUAGAACAAAUAAUGGAAAAUAAAGACUUCCCAGAUUAUUGUAUAGUUAACCAGUAUAUUAAACAAGACUACAGCAAUAUGGUAGACAUCUUCACAUAUGGCUCUAAAGACCCGGAAUCUGGAAAAACAGGAGCAGCUGUGUUUGUACCUAAAUAUCAGGUAUCUAUUAGGAAGAGAACACCAGACAAUUUAAUGGUAUUUACAAUUCCAGUGGGUGGAGGAAGUAAAUCUAGACAAGGUAGUCAUUUGCACAGACUCUCUGGCAGCACUGAAAAGUCUGCAAUCUGCACAUUCUGAUUGUAGACAAGACAUAAUAUAUGACAUUUUGCAACUUUUGUACAAACUGCAUAAUCGAGGAAAUCUCAAUAGCUUUCUCUGGGCAAACAACUCAUUUAAAUGCAAUAAUGUAGAACUCAUAAUACACAUAUGCAAAUCAGAAGCCAAGGCACUUAUUCGUAUAUAUCUGGCAGACGCUUUGGGAUAGAGAAAUUAAGGGGAGACACUUGUAUAAGAUACAGGAAAAUGUGGGUACAGGAGGAAUCAAAGUGUUACUAAGAAGAAUCAUUAAUAACAAGAAUAUGCAUAGGUCACACUGGAUUAAAUGGAAAUGUAUAUCAAAUACAAAAACACCAUACUGGGUUAAACAGUCAUUGUGAUAGUGUGUAGUAGAGACAGAUGAACAUGUCAUACUACAUUGCACAGCCUACAACAAUGAAACACAAGUAUUGCACUCAAACUUGCAGGGAAAGGAAUUCAAGUCUUUUGGCGAAAAAAAAAAAAAACAUGGAAAAUUAGAUAUGAGAGAUGAUGUUUGGAGGUUUAUUAAAGCAACAGGAUUAUAUUCGAGAAUAUCAUUUUUACCCUCUUAAUAUAAAGUAAGAGUUGUUCUUCCGCACCGCUGUUCCACACUCCAGUUCAGAUGGUGGCGGUAAUGCACCAAAAGCUGAUUUACCAACUGCCGAUAAUCAGAAGAAGAGCGUCGAAUGACGUAGGACGUGUUUGUUUUAGGUGAGAGGGGCGUUACGUGCUAGUCAAAAGUACUGAACUGACAAUACCUUAUAAAGGCAGUCUCACAGAGGAAGUGAUGUAUUAUUCAAGUAAAAGGCGAGGUGAAGAUGGAAUCACUGCUGUCAUUGACUUCCUGUUGUCCAAUGCCCGGCUGGUGCUCGGGGUGAGCGGAGCUGCAAUGCUGGGCAUUGCAACAUUAGCUGUGAAACGGCUGAUAGAGCGUGCAGGAAGGCCUCCUGAUGAAAAGCCUGAGAAUAAGAUGACGGGCAGCUGGGAGGAGUUAAGCUUGGUUAGCGUAUCCCCCAAACUGCUGCACAAGGGAAUUGAAGGAGUGGUUGUAAAACAGAUUGCCGCAGCAACCAAGAAAGCGGAACUGUCCCAGCCCAUUCCCCUUCCUUCACCUGAGCUCCAGCAGUGUGACGACGACCCACCUCAACGACGUAAACGCAUGGAUCUUUGUGAGCUGACAUUUGCUGAUCAUCUGCAGCAGUAUUACAGAACACGAGUGUGUCUGACAGCAGAGGAGGUUUCUGUAGCACAGCAGCAAGCGUUAGACAUCGCCACGGAGAUCCAGGCUUUCCUGCGUUCUAAACACCCAGACAUGCCGUUGGGCGACAUGACAUUAGCGGGGUCACUGCUCGACGACCUGCAGGUGGUUAAAGCUGACCAUGCCUGCCUGAUCGUGCCCCUGCAGUUGGAGUCUAGUCUGUGGACGGCCAUUGCAGGAGAGGACACAUUUUUGGGUCACCCUCAGUAUUGCAUGGUGCGCCGCGAAAACCUUGAGUACUUCCCGCGGGGGCGGAGCUACUGGGAUCGACACUUGUUGGGCGGAUACUUGUCAUCGCGACUCGUUUCUGAGCAACUUGGCAAGGCGGUGAUGGAAUCUAUGAACUGGCCAUCGCUGACCGGAACCCUCGAGUGUGAGGUGCGACCAGUGCUGGGGUCUCCUGAACUGAAACUAGAGAUUCGGGGGUUAAGUCAAAGUAGAUACGACAGUGCAGAAUGCUUCUAUAUUAUCAUAUUGCCAACAGUGCGGCUCGGUGAGAUGACGCUUACGGCACAACGAGAGAUCACAGGGUCAUAUGACUACGUUUGGUACCAGAGUUUGUACACCAGCGAAACGACUAAAUUGGCAACACUUGACAAAAUGGACUCUGGGUCGGAGGUCAGAAGGAAGUGCCUGAAAACAUUAAAGGCAGUGUGCCGCAACUGCCCUGCGCUACGCAAGCUUAACGGCAGCCAUCUUAGCAAUGUUAUUCUGCACAUAAGUGAGAAGGAAACUGAUUGGUCGGAAUCGGCCUUCGCUGAUAGGUUCCAACAGGUGAUCACUGAGCUGAUUGGAUACCUGGAGACUGGAAUCUUACCUAGUUAUUUCAAACCUAAUGUGAAUCUGUUUCAGGGUUUUACUGACGAUGACAUCGAUGAAAUGGGCUUUAUGCUCUACUGUGCUGUAACCGAAUCUGAGAUACUACUGGUUUGAUAAUUGUAACUCAUAGAUGCGCACGCGCAGAGUAGUACGUUUAUGAAGACAUCUGUCACCAUGGCAACUGCCAUUUGUGCACCUUUAAAGGAAUAGUUCACCCAAAAAUGAAAAUUCUGGGUUCAUUUACUUAUCGUCAUGUCAUCCCAAACCAAUAUGACUUACUUCCAAAGAACACAAAACAAGAGAUCUUGCAGAAUGUCCAAGCUGCAAAAUCGGUAAUUUUGUGUGAGGAACUGAUUGAAUGAAAGUCUCAAAUUCACUAAAUCUAUUCUUAAAUCCUAAUAUUCUCAAAUAACACUGCUCAAAUCGUGCUUCACCAUAUUUAAACUUGGAACGUCAUGAUGGGUUACAAGACGAACAAGCAUACCAAUGGCAUCUGGGAUCACUGACGUCAAAUUUCCGUUUUCAUGUGCCAUGGUUUAAUAUGCACAAGCGCGAAUGAGACUUUAUCGAAUAUAAUGACUUUAAGUUUCUUUCAAAGCUACUGUAUGGCUUCAGAAAACUUGGAAUAUAGAACAUACUGUAAGUCUUGAAGACUACUUGAAUUGUACGUUCUGGUGCUUUGUUGCAUGACAGCCACUAUAGGCACUAUGUUUAAAAAAACAUUUUGUAAAAGGGCAGCUGAACAUUGUUACUAUGUUGUGUUCUGUGUUCCACAAAAGAAAGUCAUAUGGCUUUGGAAUGACAUGAGGGUGAAUACAUUGUUCAGAAUUUUAGUUUUUCUAGGUGAACAGUUGCUUAUCAUCAUUGUGACAUUACAAGUAAUUGCUAUAAGUUGUCGAUUUUUAAAUGAUCACACAAUACCUCUUUGCCUACAAUAACUGACAUAGGCAACUAUUAUUAUUUUUUUUUUACUAUGCAGCACUUUCCUAGACAGACAAUUUUCUUGGAUGUAGAUGUAAAAGAUAUAACUAUAGGAUUUCACUAAUGAUAUUUCAGGGUUUACAAAACCUUAUUCUGUGCUUCUGAGCAAGCACUGUCCAUCACUUUAGAUGUAUUUCUUUUUAUUAUUAUUAUUCUGUUCUAGUAUAUUGCAAAUUGAAGAAAUGGCAUUAUGCAUAGAUAAUGUGAAACUACGUUGACUUUCAAUAGGAAAACGGGAAAUAUUAAGACAAUAAAACAGUACUACGGUGCUUUUGCUGAGCGUGACAGUUGUUACAUUUUGCCUUUCAAUGUUUUCUAACAUGAAAUUAAGUUCAGUUAUUCUCUACUAUGAAAUGACAAAACUGCAUGGUGUGUUUGAUUUGGAAACAUGUUCAUGUAAGUGCAUUAGAGGGUUGUGUAAACCUUAAUAAAGUUUAUAGGUGUACAGUUUGGUGAUUGGCAAAUGGACUUUCCCCUACCAAUAAUGGUGGUGUCAUUUUCUUACCUGCCCAAAUUUUACCUCUUCAGUCAUAGUCAGCAUAAAUGGCUGAAUAACAAAAAUAGACAGAAAUAAAUGUAGUGGGUCACCCUUUACUACAGCUUAUAAUGUGCCAAACUAAUUGUGUUAAAAAUAAACCGCAACAAUAGUAACAAAAUUGCUCCUACCAAUAUGCACACUGACACCACUGAGGGUUAAUGAAACCGUACUUCAUAUGAAUUCAUCUUUGCAACUCGUGUCUAAAUAAAGAGAUUUUACCUAAUUUUAAA